CCCGUGCAACCUCCCAUUGUCAAUCCAACCUUUGAUGCGCAAUGGCUGACUACGAGCGCCGGAAUUCUAACUACCGUGGAGGUGGCGGGCGCAAGCGGCGCUACCGAGAUGACGAGGACUACGAUCGCCGCCCUCAACGACGCAGAUACGAGGAGCCUCUAUUUGUUCAGGUUCGCCGCCAGCUCCUGACGCUUGCCGAAUCGGCUGCUCGGCGAGUCGAGGAUGAUAUCGUGGGAAUCGCGAAGACGGUGGCGGAGAAUUACGAAGAUGAAGAGCUGCGCGACACCUUCAUCAACAUUUCCCUUGACCUUGUUCUUGAGCAGCCGAUGAAAAUCCCAUUUGUCGCCGCAGCGACUUUGGCCGCGCAAAACCUGAAGCCGGAGCUUGGGGCGGAAAUGUUGAGCAAGGCGAGCAUUGCGUUGCAAAGAUACAUCGAUUCGGGAUCAUGGCGCGAGACCAAGCUUCUCCUUCGCUUUUUGGGUGGAUUGCAGUCGGCAUUUGAAGGCGAUGGCAUUUUCCCGCUUUUGGAGGAGCUGUUCGCUCGUGCGGUCGAUCUUCAAACCACGUCCUCGGAAGAUUUGCUCGGACUGGAGCUCGUCAAGAUCAUUCUGUUCACGAUUCCCUACGUGAUGUCCUCGCCUGCCACCGGUUUCGAGUCCCAGGCAAACGCACUCCUUGAGAAAACGGACAUCAUUGCGUCUACUCCACACGCCCUGGUCGACUUGGUGAACACAUUUAGUCCUGAUGAGAACAAAGAAGCGGCUGGACCCAGUGUGAUCAGCUUGCUCCAAGGCCAGCUUCAGGCUGAAGCCGGCAAGGGCUGGGAGCUGAAGUGUCUUCCGCGCCCAUGGAAGGACGUUCAAGAACGGGAACCUGACGAGCAGAAGCCUUUCGACGUAGUUACCAAGGUUCCUUUCCCGCAAAUCACCGUCCCGAACCCUGUCCCGAACGGCGCUCGGCCUCUCUUCCCGGAGGUUUACAUCUCCGUGUACGCCAACCAAGAGGUGGAUACCGUGCCUCCCACCUCAGACAUCUCUUCCUCACUCUUGAGAGAGGCGUUGGUGGACACUAUCAACCUUCUUGAUUUCAACCGUGUCGCCACAGCCAAGUACCUGAUCGAUGUUGACUGCUACUACACGCCCGGCAUCUUCGUUAAGCGCGCAACGCCGUUUGACCGCAUGCGGGAAAUGGCUGGUGAGCUGCAGGCGUGGAAGCCGGAAGACGUCGCGGUGGAUGCCGUGUUUUCACAACUAUAUCAGUUGCCAACACCGGAGCACAAGCUUGUGUAUUUCCAUUCUGUUCUGACCGAAUGCUGCAAGAUCGCCCCGGCGGCUAUCGCCCCUAGCUUGGGCCGUGCCAUCCGAUUCUUGUAUAAUAACCUGGAGACCAUGGACCUGGAGCUGAGCAAUCGCUUCUUGGAUUGGUUCGCCCACCACUUGAGCAACUUCGGCUUCACAUGGAAAUGGAGCGAAUGGGUUGACGAUCUUGAACUCCCUGCCAUCCACCCGAAGAUGGCAUUUAUACACGGCGCUCUGGAUAAAGAGAUUCGUCUCAGCUUUGCCCAGCGCAUCAAGGGUACUCUCCUGGAGCCCUAUAUCCCGUUGAUCACGGAGGGCAAGGAAAAGGACACCCCUGAGUUCAAGUAUAUGUCGGAUACCACCCCGUACUCCAAGGAAGGACAGGAACUCAUGCAGCUUAUCCGAAAGAAGGCGACUGACGAGGAAAUUGAGCCAGUCAUCGCAGCUAUCGAGGAGCAGGCCCAAGGCUUGGGAGUGGAAGAUCCCAAGGUUCCCUCAACCGAUGCUCUUGUGACAUCAAUUUGCUUCGUGGGAUCCAAGUCGCUCUCGCACGUUCUGUCCUGCAUUGAACGGAACAAGGACCGACUGCUCGCCAUUGGAUCAGCCUCCCAGCAAGCCCGUUGCCAGAUCAUCACCUCCGUCAUGGAGUACUGGGCGGACCAGCCGGGUAUUGCCAUCAAUAUCAUUGACAAGCUACUUAACUACACCAUCCUUAGCCCCCUCUCCGUCCUCGAGUGGGCCCUGAUUGAGUCCAUGGCCGCUGGCACCAUCCUUUCCAAGUCCUACAUCUUCGAAAUGAUCUCCGCCACCGUCGGCAAGGUCACCAACCGCAUGCGCCAGAUCGUUGCAGCCCGCACGCAGCCGGGUCUGUAUGAGCCGCAGCUGAGCGUCCUGGACGAGACCCUUGCUCGCGAGCGGGCCGAUAUGCAGGCCCUUUUCAAAUUUAUUGAGGAUUCCAUCGUCUCCGUCGCCGCUGGCAGCAACGACGAAAUGAUGGAGCGUGGUGAUGGCAGCGGUGAUUUGCCGGAAGACGCUAUCAUUCGCCAAUGGGGCCGUCGCUGGCUCCGAGUCUUCCGACGGAAGGCGGCCGUCGAGGAAGCAUUCAUCAACGACGCGCUUGCUAAUGCCACCCCCGUUGGAACGACCGCUCCGGCCGAGACUGAAGCUGCUGAUGCAGACAUUAAGAUUGCUGAUGCCGAUGAUCAAUAG